AUGGCUUCAGAUGUCUUAGCAGAGAUGUGGGCGUGGUACGGCCUGACGGUGGUGGUUGUUGGUGCGCGGUUUCUUUCCCGACGGACGCUCUUCAAGUCAUUCAAGGCUCUACAGGCGGACGAUUGGCUGAUGUUGUUCCUCAUGCUUGUGUAUACCGGACUGCUAGCCGUUAUCAACAUUCAAACCCACACUCCGACCAAUCUAAUCGAUCCCGCCGAGAACAUCACCCUCACACCGGAGGACAUCAAAGUACGGGAGUACGGCUCGAAACUCGUGCUGGUGACCGAGCACCUUCAGAUGAUAGUCAUUUGGAGUGUCAAGGCUUGCUUGUUGAUCUUGUAUUCUCGCUUGACAAUGAGUUUGCGGCAUAACAGAUUUGUGAAGUUCGUGGCAUGGUACACGGGCGCCAGCUUCGUUGUGAUGGAGAUCCUGUGGUUCGUCUGGUGUCGACCGUUUCACUUCUAUUGGAAGGUUCCCGCGCCAAAUCUGAAUUGCUCGGCAGAAACGAACCACAUGAUUACAAACGCUGUCUUCAAUCUGUCUUCGGAUGUUAUGAUCGUGGCACUUCCAAUGCCCGUCCUCAUCGGCUCUCAGUUGCCUUGGAAGCGCAAGCUCACGCUUUGUUGUGUCUUUGCCCUUGGUAUCUUCACAAUAUUGGCGGCUGCCUUGAGCAAAUACUAUUCCUUGGGUACCCCGUACGGCACGCAGUGGAUAUACUGGUACAUUAGAGAAGUGUCCACAGCUAUCAUAGCUGCGAAUCUGCCACUCACAUGGACGCUGUUACAGCGCAUCUUCGGCAUGAGUAACUUCUACUCUCGGAACAAAUCUUCGGAUCCGCGGUCAGGAAGGGCGACUGGGCAGAGUAAAUUUCGUUCAACGUACGGAAAUCUCACGAGCCGGACAAGAGACACCAACGAUAGGAAACCAAAGGACCCUCACCCGAUCGACAUUAGUCCUUCUGAGAGCCAGGAACAGAUCAAUGGAGAAUAUGACAUCCCAUUGAAGAUCUGGCAACAACAAGAAGUACGAAUCACGUCUGAAGAGGUGGAUCCUAAUGAUCGUUCAUCACUCUCGGACAAAUCGGAAAAAUCUGUUCCCGGAGUCGCAAGUUUCGUGAGUCCCACUGGAAGUAUUAAUGGAGAACCAACAGUUCGCAAUGCCGAAAUGGGUAUCACUACCAAUGUAUCCCGCGCCAUAUAG